AUGUUUAAAUACAUAUCAUGGUUAGUAGCCGCCAUAGCCAUAACCUUGGGGGUGUUCCUAACUUUCUACAUCUACAAAGUACCUGAUAUGCCCCAACUGGACCAGGAUCUGUGGUGGGGCAAAGCACCGAGGCAAAAGGAAGAGGACACCUCCAUUAGACCAUUUAAAAUUGAAUUUAAUGAAACGGUGAUUAGUGAUUUAAAGCAGAGGAUAAAAAACAGGCGACCCCUAACACCGCCCUUAGACGGUAUUCAGUCUGAGUAUGGAAUAAAUACCGUCUAUUUAGAGAAUCUGCUAACCUAUUGGGCAGAAAAAUACGAUUUUAAAAAGCGAGCAGAACUGUUGAACCGAUUCCCACAUUAUAAAACCAAGAUACAAGGUCUAGAUAUACAAUUUAUACGAGUAAAGCCCUCAGUGAAGAAUGUCAAAGUAGUGCCUUUGCUCAUGCUGCAUGGAUGGCCCAGCUCCUCAAAGGAGUUUGACAAAGUUAUCCCGAUAUUGACUACUCCUAAAGAUGGAUACGACUUUGUAUUCGAAGUGGUUGCUGCUGACUUACCUGGAUUUGGAUUUUCUGAGGGCACGAGUAAACCAGGACUUAAUCCAGUAAAGAUAGGCAUAACGAUGAGGAACCUGAUGAAACGGCUUGGGUUUAACGAAUUCUAUGUCCACGCUGGCGACUGGGGCUCACAGGCCGCCACGCACAUGGUCACCAUAUUCCCUGACGAAGUGAUGGGAUUCCAUACAAAUAUGCCAUUAUCAUCAAGCCUUAAAAGUGGUCUAAAGAUCCUCCUAGGGUCACUGGCUCCCCGCUUAACCGGUGAUCAUUAUCACCGUUUAUAUCCCUUAAGUCAGCUUUUAUAUCUAGUUAGAGAAAGUGGUUAUUUCCAUCUAAUGGCGACUAAACCAGACACACUUGGUGUCAGCUUAACAGAUUCGCCAACCGGUUUGGCGGCUUACCUAAUAGAAAAAAUGGCCGUAGGCACUAACAGGGAUCAAUUAGACACGCUUCAUGGAGGUUUGGAAAGCCUGGAACUGGAUGACGUGUUAGAUACAAUAACUAUUCAAUGGGUAAAUAAUUGCGCUGUCACCUCUAUGAGAGUGUAUGCCGAAGAUUACUUUGCUAGUUCACCAGAGGUUUAUGAGUUGCAUAGGAUACCUACGAUGGUACCGACAGCCGCUAUCAAAUUGAAGUUCGAAAUAAUGUGGCAGCCCGAUUGGGUUCUCCGGGACAAAUUUCCUAACCUAGUGCGCUCCACUACCUUAGAUUUCGGAGGGCAUUAUGCCGCCCUAGAAUUGCCUAAAGUAUUAGCCGAUGACGUUUUUUCGGCUGGAGCAGAGUUCCAGAAAUUUCACGAGGCUAAUAGAAAAAUGUAAAUG